AUGAAAAACUUAGCUAGCAAUAUAAGCAAACUUAACCUUCAAAAUUAUAAUAUUAACGAUCAUAAUACUGUAGAGGAAGAAUAUGACUCUGACUUUAAUGAUGUUAAUGAGAAUUUAGGUGAUUUAAUAAAUGAGAUGGACAUGUUUGAGUAUAGUAAUAUUGGUUUAGACUGUGAAGAAAAUUCAAAUAAUCCCCAUUUUUUUCAACUAAAUACAAAUGCAUUUCGAUCUGCUUGUUAUUUUUCAACUAUUUUGAACGAAACUGAUAAUAUAGAUGAUUAUAUAUUAGAUUUAGAUAGCAAUUUUGAUGACAAAUCUGUAAUUUCUAUGACAACAAAUAUUACCAAUGAAAUACAACCAAGUAAAAUUCCCAAACUAACAAACACAACCAAAUUUACCUCUUGUGUUUUAAUUGAUAAUAUUAAUGGUGAAAUUCGUUCUUGUGGAAGUUCAAAAAAUUUACAUUGUAUAAAAAAUAUUUUGGGGACCUGGGAAAUUGACAACGAAAUGGUUCAUAAUGUAGAUGGUGAUUUGGCUUCUUUGGGAGUUUGCUAUUCACAUCAAAUGUAUGAUCAAACUAAAUUGCAUGUAAAAAAUGCAAAAGGAACUAAGGAUUCAUCUUUGGGUUUUAUUAAUAGUAGAAGAUGUCUUUUUUGUAAUAUUAAUAAAAGUUUUUAUACUCGUAGAAAGCAAUGUGAUCAACAUUUUUGGAUGUUAGUGGGUCGCAAUUUACAAGUUCCUUGUAGUGGUCAAUAUCAUUAUACUUCUUUAACAAAUAUUCAUCCAAUUUUAUAUCCUAGUUUAUUUAAUAGAAAAUCACGAUAUAUAUGUACUUCCUGUUAUGAAAAACAUAGUGGGCAUUUUCAUCAAAGAUCUGGAAUAAAAGGGAAAGUCAGUGUGAAUUGUCAAGAAGAUUCUUCUCAUAAAGAUGAUAUUAUAGAAUCUCUUCGUUUAAUAGGUAAUUGGUUUCUUUAUAUUGCUAAAUAUGAAUCACCUAAUUUUCAAGCAGAAUUAUCUCAUGAAGCAAUUAAUCUUUUACAACUAUUACCUUCACAAAGAUUUAAUAAUACAUCAUAA